AUGAAUGUAGAGCAAUUAGCAGAUCAUUUUCUUCAACACCCUAUAUUAUUUGUCGGUGAUUCGAUUACACAGUUACAAUUCGAGAGCUUGGGUUGCUUAUUAGGAAAUCAGUUCCCGAAUAGACAUCCCCCGAAAUCAACUCUAAAUGGCGGUAAUAACAAGAUUAAAGUAAAUGAACUUGCUGCCUCCGAUCGAGACACAUCCUCAAUAGCCUAUAUCCGCUCGGAUUACUUGAUUCGUCUUGACGACUAUAAAAUGAUUAGCCCUUUUGAAGAGGCAGGUUCUCAAUUAGGUAAUGGCGAGAAUUACCCCUGGGUUCAUGCACUUGAUAAAUUUGAUUAUAUUGUAAUCAAUACAGGCCCACAUUGGCACCCAAAUCUUCAGUGGGGACCCAACCAAUCGGAAGAAGAAUUAUUAGCAGCGUUUAAACAUGCCAUGUCGGUGGUAUUAGAUUUCUUGAAGGGAAAGGUUAAGCCGCAUCAAAAGGUUUGGAUUAGAUCAACACCUUAUGGACAUGCUACUUGCUCCCAAUUUAAAGAACCUCAAGCAAAUCCAUUAGCACCCACAGGCAAGACAGGAGAAUAUGAAUGGCAUUUAUUUAAGGCAUUUGAUGAUAUCUGGGAGGAUUUAUUGAGUGGUUUAGUCAAGGAUGAACGAUUCAACAUGUUAGAUAUUUCCACUUUAUCCAACCAAAGAGGCCCUCUUUACUGGGAUCUUGCUUCAUUUGAGCCCAGUGUUCGACAAAAUGCCGCUCAGUCCUUGAUUAAAACUCUUGCCGAUUUCCAAAAGAAUCAUGAAGAAAGUUUAGACACCAAGGACAUUGCAGAUACCGAAGAGAAACUCGACCUUCUUUGUGCUUCUGACGUUUCUUAUGCAGUCCGUCGUUUGCUUCGUGGUCUUCCCUCUUCUAGACAAGGUGCUCGUCAAGGUUUCUCGUUGGCUUUGACCGAGCUUCUUGCCAUUGUCGAUAUUAUCUCCACCAAGCUCGUACUUGACCUUUUGUUCCAAUAUACUGAGCGUACUGGAGCCAUGAGUGGUGAUGAAACCCGCGAUAUGUUAUUUGGUCGUCUUUUCGGUUUGAUGUCUGUGGUAGCCUCUGGUAUGGUUGCCAGAGAGUCUACAACAACCGAAGAUAUUGUUCGUAUUGUGGAAGGUUUACACGAAAUGGCCAAGGCCAAAUCCUAUCUUGCCGAAGUCUGUCAUCAUGUUGUGAUCAACAUUCUUCCUUACUUGAAGGGUACAGAACAUGAAAAGGAGGUUAUUGAAAAGGUAAAGGAAUUAUAUUUCAACGGACCUGUGACCAAUGUGGAUCAACUUAACUUGCUUAUUGGCAUUCAACAACAAUUGGAAGACGUCGAUUUAUCUGAGCAAUUAGCCAACUGGAAGAGCACCACUAUUUUAGACCCUGCCAAUUUGACUCACUUAGCCAACAUUCUCAAGGAAAUCCCUACCGAGACCCAAGAAGCUUUGGCUGACUGGAAGCCUCAACUUCAUUCAGUUUGGGAUCCUCUCCUUGCUGUUUAUUUCGAAGAAGAUCAACCCAAGGGUAUUGCCUCUUUCCAAGAAUUUUGGACCGUUGCUGUUGAUAACACCAUGUUUGAUAAGACCUCCUCCCAUGGUCGUAAAUUCUGGGGUUUCCAACUCGUCGAAAAAGUUUUGCGUCGUCUUUCCCCUGAUCAAAUGCCCUUGAUCUUCACUGCUAACUUUAUGAGAAGUUUCAUCAACAACCUUUCCUCUGAAGAUCGUUUCUUGAACAGAGCUGCUAGACAAACUGCUCAUGUCAUUCAAAACGUAGCCGAAGAAAAUAAGCAAGUUGGUAAGAACGGUCACCAAAACUUUGAUCGUAUCACUCGUACCAAGACUGUCGAAAACUUGUUGACGACCAUGGACACCGAGGGAAUUAAAUCUUACCUCGAAUACCUUGCCGAGACUUUUGUUACUAUCGAAGAGAAAUCCGCUGAAUCCAGUCGCGAAUGGGCCUUGAACCAAAUGACUUUAUUAGUUACUAACGCCAAGAUCCCCAAGGAAGAACAAUGGGUUACUGAUCUCGUACAAUUUUUGAUGAUCCACUCCUUCUUUGAUGUCAAAUCUGCCGAUAAGACCGCCUCUUACUUGACUGGUCUCCAUAAGCCUACACCUGCUUUAUCCGAGAACACCAUCAAGUUCUGUCAAGAGCGUUUCCAAGCUGUACUCGUUGCUCUUUCCAAGUUACCUCCCAUGCAACAAGCUUCCGUCAAGACCAAAAAGUUAAACGGUAUCACCAACGAUGGUGAAUUAUGGGCCUAUAAGGUCUUUUCCAUUUACCAAACCUUGCAAAAGAACAAGAAGUUGACCACCCAUAUCAAGCCUGCUGAUAAAACCACCAAAGCUACCGAAAAGGCCAUCAAGAUUGUCUCUGAAUUAAGAAUCAAGAUUAGCAAGAUGGAGAAGGCUCAAGUGCAUGAUAGCGUCGAACGUGGUUUCGAGAUUCUCUUUUUGAACAUUAUUCUCCAUACCUUGAUCAACGAAACCGAAGGUGUUGCUGUCUUGACCGAAUUAACCGAUUGUUAUGAAAAGACUUUUGCUGCUGCCACUCCCAAGAAGGGCAAGAAGUCCAAGAAGGCUACCGAAGAAGAAGAGGAGGAACAAUUAGACCCUAUUGAUGUUAUUGUGGAUAUCCUCGUUUCUUUCUUGACCAACGAAUCCCCUGUUCUCAAGAACCUUGCUGAACAAGUGUUUGAAAUUUUCUCUCACAAGUUGACCAAGCAAUCUCUCGAGAUGCUCUUGAAUAUUUUGGCCUCCGGUGAAGAUAGCAAGCAAGAUGAGGAACUCUUUGGUGACGACGAUGAUUCAGAGGAUGACGAUGUUGAGAUGAUCGAUAUGGAUAACAUUGAAGAGGAAUCUGAAGAUGAGGGAGAUGUGGAUGAAGAGCUUCGUCAAAAGAUUGAAGAGGCCAUGAAGGCACAAGGUAUCAAUGCUGUAGAUGAUGCAUCCGAUGAAGAAUUGGAUGAUGAGGCCAUGUCCGCUUUUGAUGAUAAAUUAGCCGAAGUGUUCAAGCAAAAGAAGAUCCUCAAGGACGAUAAGAUUUCCAUGCAACAAAACGUUGUUCAUUUCAAGAACAAUGUUAUGGGAUUGAUUGUGAUUUAUGCUCAAAAGAACCCUACCAACCCUCUUGUUUUGAGCUUAAUUGUUCCCCUUUUGAACAUUAUCCGUGCUACACCCAGUAAGUCUGUCACCAACCAAUUUGUCGAAAAGGUGAUUGCCUUCUUAAAGAACCGUCUUGCCAAGUCUGCCGAAUAUCCCAAGGAGCAAUCCGAUUACGUUUUCGAGAUUCUCCAAGCCGUUCAUGAUUUCGCAAAGAGUUCCACCACCAAGGAGUUAUCUGAAAUGUGUAACCAACUCUCCCUGUACUUGCGUAAAUGUAUUUUAGGUGGUACCGAUAUCGAAGUUGCCACACCUGCAAAGACCAAAAAGGCACUUGCCAAGUUCAACAAGAUCUACAGCGAAUCCAUCAAGUUGUACUUGACCAAGAAAUCCACUCCUUUACAUCCCAGUAUCAUUCAGCAAAUGUUACAGCGUUACCCUAUGAGCUCUUGGGAUUUGCUCGAUACUCUUGUUACAUAUUUGAACCGUGCUGAGUGUGCCAAUAUCUAUAGACUUUCCAUGGCAUGCAAAUGGGCAUGUAUUAUUAUCCAACGUACUGUUGGCAAGAAAUCCGACGUGUACAAUCAAAAGUUCCUUAAAUUAGUACCUCAAAUUGCUUUAUCUGUAAAAUCCACUAUCGAGUUAUCCUUAAAGGAUGGAGAACACGGUUUAGAUUACGAAGGAAUGAAGAAUUAUUUAAGAUUUGUCACAUUGAUUGUUAGACUCCAUAAGAAGGUAGCACCAGAGACAGUAGAUCUGAGCAAGGUGUGGGAUACUACGUUGAUUUUAUCUGUUGUAAAUAACGAACAAUUUGCAAAGCCUGCUAUCUCUACAUCGUGUAAAUCUUUGCAACAACUUUGGGCCUAA